UAUGAACAGGAUGGAGAAACUCUCGUGCUCAUGGCCUGCGAUCGCUAGGAUGGUUCUUGGGUUUUGAAGAGGUUAGCUCAUUUAGUUCGUCGUAAGCGCGAGAACGUUGCUUUCGUGUUGGGGUUUAGUUGGCAACUCUAUACCUGCGCUGCCCAGUUUGAGCGGAUGUACUCUUCGGAUUUAUCUGGUCUCCUUAAAGAGACUGUUAGGUCUCUGGUUACGCGCCUCGAUAUUACCCAUGUUAUCAGCGAGCAGGGCUUCUCCGGUUGGCGUUCGCGGCAGAAACUGGAAGAUAAUUCACAGCCUCUCUCGCCAGUCAAAAGCCAGACUCUUCUCAGCUUGGAUAUGGACGAUUGUUUACGCGAUCUUGCAAGGAAGAUAAUCGAGCAAAGCGACAAAAUCGACCCAUCAGAGUUUCCAGAGCUUUGGGUUCUUUUUGUUGGCGGCAUCCUAGAUGUCCUCAAGAACCGACCAAUCUCAUCCGAAGACCCUGUGAUUUCCUCGCUAGUCCAGACUAUUAUUAAGCUGUACUGGACCCGAUAUGUUACUGUCGAAGAGCCCGGCCCCGAGGUACAGCGUCACGAAAUCUUGCUCCCUUGUAAAUGUAAUUUUUGCAAGGCUCUAAAUAUUCGUCUUGCCUCUCGUACUAUGAAUGAAUGGAAGUUUAUGUCCCGCGAGCGAAAGCAGAAAAAUCACGUUGAUGAUGUACUCCGGGGGCUUAGCCGGCAAAACCAAUGUUCCUAUACGUGUUUCCAGGUCAAGGGAUGCUGCACAUGGUCAAUUACUGUUACGCCUACAGAAUAUGAGAAAGCCAAAGCCGAAUGGGAAAGGCGUGUGACACACGCUGGGCAUCAAUUCGCGGCGUUCGACCAAGUUAAACUACGAAAAGUACUAGGACAGGAGGAUUACCAUUCUAUGACUAGUGGAGAGAUGCUUCUUUCUAGAGAUAAGAAGAGUACUCCCAAGACGAUUGAAUCGCCGAGAGAUGCGCAGGCCCAAUCAAAUAAUACGGUAGUCAUGCCUCAGAUUUCACCACCACCCGGCCCGGAUCCAACCUCCCGCCACCAUAUCACAAACGGCCUUCCAUCGACGGCAAAUAUCCCUAAUGUGCCGGUUCAUACUGGUGGAGCAACCUAUACUACAUAUUACGGCACGCGGCCACCGCCGAACUGGCUUCUCGAGGUACGACAAUCGUGGCAUGCGAAUGUGAUUUGGCCUACCGGACACCACACCAGUCCACCUACCACGAGCUCGCUUCCAGCGCAAAACACGCCAGCUCAAUUGAUUGACGGGACAAAUAUUCACCAAUCAGAACGAGCGCCAUUGGCCUCUUUCUCUCAAAAUUUGACACAAGGCUUGGGACCGGGACUAAAGCGCAAGCAAAGCGACGAUUGUAUAAUUAUUGAUGAAUGACCGGUGAAAAGAUAAGAGAGGCGGAUACCUAUUAUUUAGUAGAAGAUUGGCGAGUUCCACAACUAAGUACGAUUAGCUGAGUAAACAGUUCGGCGGCAUUAAUACAUUUAUGUAUAUUAGCAGCAAUUAUGAUAGGGGGUAUAUAGCACUAGAAUAUAUAUACCGUUGUCAUGUGGCCCAUUGGCUCUACCUCUUUAUAGGCGAGAUCUUCCCUAUCAGAGCGCUACCCCUGACAGAAAAAGGGGGGCUCCAGGGCAUUCUAGGGCAUGGGUGAAGCCAGGGUAAAGGGGCGUAGGGAAUUGCCGAUGCCCAUAGCUUUAAUGAACUCACUCCACUUUUAAGC